AUGCAAGACCCGAUCCCCAUCCCAGCCCGCCUCGCCGAGCGCAAUGUCACCAUGCGGUUCCUCAAGACUCGGUUCGGCGGGAUCCCUGUGCCACUGAUGAAGGGCGACUAUGUCGUUUCGUUGGAAAUCAUCCGGCACGAGCUGUCCAGACGAGUGUGGUCAUGGUCAUGGUAUCAGCCAGUGCCGCGCCAGUACGAGGACGACCUGCACACGUUUGCCAAGCAGCUCUCGGAAAUGGCCCUCAAGCGUAAUGGCACUGCCACGCCCACACCCACACCCACAGCCACACCGCCUGCGCCAGCGUCACCUCCCAUUCGCAUGCCGCACCGCCUGCUCACGUCGCGCAUCGGCUCGUGGCCCAACGCGAGGUCCGUCGCCAACCACCGGCGCCACCUCCUGCGUCUGUCGUUUGAGCACGGCGGCAUCCCCGUCCCUAUCGCGCACUGCGACUAUCGGUUCGGCAUGGAAAUGGCGAACAUGGUGGUCGGGUGGCAUCCGUACGGGCGGCAGUCGGGCCUGCUGGUGCAGGCUGCGCAGGCCCUGCGCCGCGCGCUCGCCGCUGCGCCUGCUGUUGGCUGA